AAUGUGGUUUGGAAAUAACGAUGAAAGGAAUAUUGGAGAAGGAUUGAAAUCCAAACCGUUAUGUAAGGCUUAAGCUAAGGACCCGAAAAUGUGUUUCCAGCGCCCGCGAACUGAACCCUCGGCCAACUCUGCUGGAAUGAGGGCAAACACUCCCCCCUCCCCCGGCCGCUGAUUUGGGGACGACUCGCUCACACGUCUCGCAAUUGUGGGACGGGACGGAGGGGAUUUUUACAAAUAAAAGACACAAACGCGAACAUCAGGAUGGCAAGCAUUAAGCGAGCAGAUCGGGUCAGCCUCCCGCCCAGCCCCAGCAGCGCUCCGCCCCGGCAGCAGGUUAUAAGCAAGAGCGGCGUGCGGCGGGGACAGAUCGCCCUGCCGGCCCGCCCCAGCAGCACCAUGCAGCCGCUGCGCUGGUUGUGCCUCCUGCCGCUCCUGGCCGCGGUGACGGCUGCCCCUCGCUGUCCCCCCGGCUGCCACUGCCUCGGUGACCUGUUGCAUGUGGUGUGCGAGAACAAGGGGCUGAGGAAGAUCCCGCGGGUGCCCAGCAAGGUGCGGCUCCUGAGUCUGCAGCAGAACAACUUCCCGAGGUUGACCGCCGGCGGCUUCAGCCCCUUGAAGAGCCUGGUGUCCCUGCACCUCCAGGACUGCCACAUACGGGAGGUGUCGGCCAACGCCUUCCGCGGCCUCAGGAAGCUGGUCUACCUCUACCUGUCCAACAACGAGAUCAGCACCGUGCGCCCCGGCGCCUUCCAGGACCUGGUCCAGCUCACCUACCUCUACAUGGAUCACAACCGCAUCAGCGAGCUGGCCAAGGGGCUGCUGAGCCCGCUGAAGAGCCUCUUCCUGCUGCAGCUCAACAACAACCAGAUGAGCCAGAUCCGGCCCGGCACCUUCGCCGGGGCGCGGGAGCUCCGCUGGCUGCACCUCAGCAACAACGGGCUCUCCUCCAUCCCGCCCGGGGCGCUGGACGACGUGGAGAACCUGGCCACGCUUCACCUGGACGGCAACAAGCUGGGCAGCUACCCGACGGCCGCCCUCAGUAAGCUGAGGGUGGUGGAGGAGCUAAAGCUCUCCUCCAACCCCAUCAGGACCAUCCCCGACAACGCCUUCCGCUCCUUCGGCAGAUACGUCGAGCGCAUCUGGUUGAACAACAUGGGGCUGGAGAGGUUUUCAGAUGGAGCUUUUAAUGGUGUCACUGCCCUCUCAGCCCUCCACCUGAAUGACAACAAAUUACAGUCUCUGCCUCGAAGCCUCACCUUUACCAAGAUGAAGAACAUCACCCUGUCCAACAAUCGAUGGGACUGCACGUGCUCGCUGGCUGCACUCCGAAGAUGGAUGGACACCAGCAGAAACCGGCCAGAGGGAACCUGUGCCUCUCCCAGCCAGUAUCGGGGUCAGCAGAUCCGGGAAACCGCUGCCUUCCAGACCUGUAAAGCACGCGCAAAACGCAACAGGAAGUCUCCGCUCUGAGCAGUAGGUAAUGGGGACGUCCGUCCUGGAGACUGGCUCCUCCACCAACCAUUGCCAACUGCUGACUCCUCACAGCCAAUUCCCACGCACACAGAAGGAAUUUCUCAGUUACCCUUGUGAAUCAGCUACUAAAUUCCUCGUAACUUUGAAGAGCAUAUAAUGGAUUGCAGCUUCAGCUCAGUGAAACCUCCUCACUGUCCAUGUGUGUGUGUCCCUCAACAGACUCGGAGCUUACAGACAGGAAUGGAAACCAAGCAGAUGACACAAAUGGGGCAAAUAGUCUUCUAGCUCGAAGCAUCCUUUUGAUUAGAUACACACAGGCUUUCGUCUAACUAUACAUAUUUAUGUAUACAUACAUGUAGGACAUUCCUCAGUCAAGAUUGUCUUUCUCCUCCCGCCAUCCCUGCCACGUCAGUCAAUCUUCUAUCAGACGCUUCAACAAAAGUCAUACUUUGGAUAAUGAACCCUCCCAGUCCCAAACUCAGCUCUCUCACCUAACAGUACAGUCUCCCGUUUUCACAAACCCUGCCAGUGCUCCCGUCUUAUUUCAGUCUGCCUGCUUUCUUCACCCUUAAACAUGUUGUCACAUUCAGUCACAUGUCUGUGUAGGGAAAAAUUGUUCCAACUGCCCUCCAUCCCAAAUUAACUUGGGUCCUAUGAAAACUCCCUCUACUCUAAGGGCUCCCCUUGUUAGAAGAACCAAAAUGUUGGAUUUGCAAACUGUUUAUGAUCUCUAUAAAGAUAUCAAAUAUAACGGGCAAGAACACGAAGGCCUUGAGGCCUGUACUAAUGCAGCAACCAGAUUGCAAUAUUAUCUCUACUCCUAGGUGGGACUUAUACAGUGAAAGAGUAAGGGGGAAGGACGGACUUCAGGGAGGCAUUGUAUGUGCAGACAGGCAGAGUCGGGUGGCCCUGGAGAGAUCUUGCACAAAAUGAAUCCACAGAGCUUGCAGAACACAUUCACGCAGCACAAAAGUACUUUCUGUUGGCACAGUCCUCCCCGUGGACCAGAAGCAGAGAUUCAGUCCUUGCACUGAGAGUCAGGGCUCCUGCCAACCUUUCAUUUUGCAGAUUGUAUGGAAUAACAAGAUUCUUGCAAGGUCUCAGGUAGUACAUGCUGGGUUCUGUAGUGCUCACUUAGAAAUCUAAUCAACAAGCCUAGCAAGUGUGGGUUAGGGUCAAAUAUGUCUGCUCCCAGUAAUGCACUCUGGACCCAAAGAUCCACCCCACCUCGUCCAGAUUGCACAGUCGCCUUCUUGAACCUCUGAACCCUUGGUUAUUUCCAGCCACUGUACAAUGCCUAGAGCUGUGAGUCUCUCCACUUGGAGAGAGCUAUCACAUUCAUCUCCCUUCAACAACGUAUCUCUGGACCCUGACUGUAUCGUCCCAGCACACUCACACGUUAUUACCUAAUGAGCUCAUUUUAUUGGUUACAGGCACCCAGACAGAUAUGGCUUGGGCUGAUCCUUGUCUGAAUUAUCUUUGAAUGAGGAAAGAGGAGGUGGUUUACAGCAAUGCAACUUCUGCUAUUCAUCACUUUGUUCUUAUUUGUCUUGAAUGGAAUUAUCGGUCUGGAGGGCUGGAAAGCCUACGUCACAGCAUCAGACACCAAGCACCGAGAGCAGAAGCUCUUCCAAACCGCCAAGUCAAACUGUUAGAAACCCUGACCUUAAAAUACAUUAUCGAAUUCAUAGUUCAAUCAUGUCUCAUGGGUCUUCAGACUGAGUAACAUCAAUUCACUUACAGCUUUUUAAAACGUCUUUCUUUCCAACUUUAUUGAGAAAUCUCACUUGUGGGGAAACCAGAAGACCCCAGGAGCACUGUGGAGACAUCUACAGCCGUGGUGAGCAUGUGAGACAUGUCCCCAUUUUGCUCAAAUCAUGCGUAUCAAUGAAACCCACACGAUAGGUCUGUAGCUUGUGUGUCUGUGCUGCCCACUGUAACCCUCAGCUCCACCUAGACAGUGAAGUCUCAUUCAUCAUUGUGGAAGCUUCCCUUCAGAAUGAGUGGGGCAGGGUGGUAGAGAAAGUCAGUCUGCUGGUGGUGAUGGAACUGAAUGUACUGUCCAUACACACUUGGUUUGGUGUGGCAUGGCCAAGGAAGGCAGGCUUUCAAAGUGAAAAGUAAUGGCAGAGGCAUCCCACCUUCUAGAAGCUUCCACCACGAGUGUAACAGGUGUGUUAGAACAUCCCCAACACUGAGGCCCCCUCAGGUCACACACACCCCCUGAAUGAGGACCUGCAGCAUAUAGGUUUGUUGUUGGCGGGUGAAAAUCCUGAAAACCCCAGAUAUAUCAGUACCACGGGCUAUAUCGAUCACGACAAGGACUGCAGUGGUUCAAGAAGGUAGCUCCCCAGCACGUCCUGGCAGAUACAUCAAAUCUGCCUUUCACAGCGAUACCAGUGUCUGAAGAGCAGCAAAUUAAGGCCACACAGCAGCUAAGUGAGCACUGGUGACACUGAACCCCCAGAUAUGGCCUCCAAUAUUAUUCCAAGCUAAGUCCUGCAUUGCAGUGUAUAACAGCGAAAUGCACCCUAGGUGUCCUAGCUCUCUCCAGUACAACCUCCCCUCUUACCAUGGAGGACGGGCAUGCAUGUUUCCGUGAGCCUGCUAUCGAUCAGAGUCUUUACCGUAAUCUCACUGUUAGACACCGAGCAAAAUUAAGGCAAUUUGUAAGGUUUAAAAUGUAACUUUUUUUCAAAAACAGUCAGUAGUUAGGGAAGUGUCAUGGAGAAGCAGAGAGAUGAUUGUUUUCUGACGUGUCAAGUGCUGUGAGGGACUGCUGCAGUAAGCUGAAGCCACUGUAUAUAAAGUGUAUACAUUAAGUAGAACCUGGUGCAGGUCACUCUUAACGAGGCCCAUAUGACAUUGUGGGCCUUAAAAUGUCUUCUGCCGCCAAGCUGACAUUCUCGUUCCAGUAAGUAUGAAUUGCUGAGCAACUCUUCUGCACUUUACUUGCUACAAGUCUAUCAAUAAAAACUAUUUUCAUAUCAUUCAAAGGCAACCUUUCGUUAUUUGCCAACUCGCAAGAGAUUCUGCAGAUGCUGGAAAUCUUGAGCAACAGACAAAAUGCUGGAGGAACUCGGUGGGUCAGGCAGCAUUUACAGACAGGAUCAAAACAAUCAGCCUUUUGUCCUGAUCAAGUCCUGGCGAACAGUUUCAACCCAAAAUGGUGAUGUUAUUUCCCUCCACAGAUGUUGCCAGACCCAGCGGUUUGUGUGUGUGUGACUUAUGCUGCCACCUCCCUGAACUGAAGAAUUAACCCCCACCAGGACGCGCCCUGGGACAGCAGUGGCUGUGCUCAGCUUCGCAGACGCGGUGGGGGGCAGAGGAAUGAGGCCUCGGGGUCCAGUCUCACACCCACCUUCCAGCCAUGGCUAACAAGAGAAAAUCUGCAGAUGCUGGAAAGCCAAGCAGCACACACAAAAUGCUGGAGGAACUCAGUGGGCCAGACAGCAUUUUGUGUGUUUUCCAGCUAUGGCUUCUGGCUGGGGUCAGUUACAAGGUUUGAACCUGCAGGGGGACUGGCCUGGUGUGGCUGGUUCACACACAGACGUGUCAUUCUCUCUGUUACAGAGAGCUCACCGGCAGUGUGCUGUCCUUCACUGUCGUGGCAUC